AAAACUUGUAUAAAUAACCGGUUUCUGGAGAGCUACCGUUGUUCGCAGAGAUUCACUUGCCUUCCUUUCCCUCUGUUUUUCUUUUUCUCUUUUGUCUAUUACAAUUUUUCCCUUUACGGAAACACAUGCUGAGAUUCCGUGUUGCAGUUCCCACAAAGAUUAUAGUCCUAAGCUAGGUUUCUGGUUUUAUGUUUUUCUGUUGCUUACUAUAAUUUGUCGACAAGACAAGGAGUUGUGUUUUGAGUUUUGGCGUUGGGUUUGUGUUUUCGGGUUGUUUAUCGAAGAAAUGGCAAGUGGAGGAGCGAAGAACAAUGAUUUCUAUGCUGUUCUGGGGUUGAAUAAAGAAUGCACUCAAGCAGAGCUCAGGACUGCUUAUAAGAAACUUGCACUGAGAUGGCACCCUGAUCGUUGCUCUGCAUCGGAAAAUUCCAAGUUCGUGGAAGAUGCCAAGAAGAAACUCCAGGCCAUUCAACAAGCCUAUUCUGUUCUGUCUGCCGCAAACAAGAGGUUCCUGUACGACGUAGGAGUUUAUGACAGUGAUGAUGACGAAAAUGGAAUGGGAGACUUUUUGAACGAAAUGACAGAGAUGAUGCUCCAGACAAAACCCAGUGAAAACGGAGAAGAAAGCUUGGAGGAAUUAAAAGAAUUGUUUGAAGAGAUGUUCCAAGCUGACAUUGAUUCAUAUGAGUCCACUUCUUGUACUGCUUCAUCUUCGUUUGGGUCUUACUGUCAGGGUUCCAAGCAGAGUUCCUCCGAUAGCAGUUCGGGGGAGACCAUCCCGGAAAGCUUCGAUGCACAACUUAAUGGUUUCUUUCUCGGGAUAGACCAGAAGCAAGGUAUCAGGCGACAGAGAAGAGCCAUAGGAGGAACCGGUCGUAGUAGACGUAGGGAGGGCCGGAAGCAAAAGGUUUCGUGGGGCCAUGAUGUUUCUUCCAACGGCGUCGGCAUUCAUCUUGGUAACACCGGUUUAGUCAUUAACUUGAUUCAAUUUCAACCUUACCAUUUUGGCCCACCUGUGGCCAAGAUGGUGGCAGACUGAUCGUCACAGUGCCAAACAGACAACAUCAAUCGGAUCCAAAACUGUCGGUUCGGCUGUUUUCAGUCGAGGAUUGCUAAGAAACGAGGGAAACUGCUAGAGUUUGAUAUCAAGGCCGUCAAUGGAAACUGCUAAUAAUUUACUUUUCUCUCUCUUUAGUUGUAAUUUAUUUUUAUUUCAAAAAUUUAUAAAUUCACUUAUUCAACGUAA